CCCUUUUUCGUGCCUUGAGGUUGCGGGUCAGCGCGAGCCACUGCAGUGAGUCCGUUACGGCUCCUGCGCGGGCGCGAGCACGAGCGCGAGGCUGCAGCCCCCGAGCCUCCUGGCCCCCUUUCCCCCCCGUUUCUGUCUCUCCCCCUUCUCGCCGUCUCUCCUCCCGCGCUCUCCUUCUCUGAAUCUCGACCUUAAUUUCUCUUCUCCCUGCCCGAUCCCGCGUGCCCAGUCACCCGGCCGGCGCGGUCCCCGCUGCGCCGCCUCCCCUCCCCCAGCCCGCACCCCCUCCCCCGCGGGCGUCCCGAGGGCCGCAGCCGCCCCAGCCGACCGUAGUUGGGCCGCCGCCGCCGCAGCUUCCUGCGGGAGCCAGUCUGAGCGCCGACACUCCUCCGCGCGAGCGAGCCGCCGACCGCCCAGCAAAAUGGUAGUAAUUGAAGCCAUGAAGCUGAAUGAAAUCCCAUAGAGAAAGAAUAUAAAGCGAUAAGAGAAGAGGACAAACCCUAAAGAACACUGCAUUUAAGAGGCAGGGAAAUGAGGCAAGUUAUCCUUUGGAAAUGUGCUCACACUUUGAUGCUGAUGAAAUUAAAAGGCUAGGAAAGAGAUUUAAGAAGCUCGAUUUGGACAAUUCUGGUUCUUUGAGUGUGGAAGAGUUCAUGUCUCUGCCUGAGUUACAACAGAAUCCCUUAGUACAGCGAGUAAUAGAUAUAUUUGACACAGAUGGGAAUGGAGAAGUAGACUUUAAAGAGUUCAUUGAGGGAGUCUCUCAGUUCAGUGUCAAAGGAGAUAAGGAACAGAAGUUGAGGUUCGCUUUCCGUAUCUAUGACAUGGAUAAAGAUGGCUAUAUUUCCAAUGGGGAACUCUUCCAGGUGCUGAAGAUGAUGGUGGGGAACAAUCUGAAAGAUACACAGUUACAGCAAAUUGUGGACAAAACCAUAAUAAAUGCAGAUAAGGAUGGAGAUGGAAGAAUAUCCUUUGAAGAAUUCUGUGCUGUUGUAGGCGGCCUCGAUAUUCACAAAAAGAUGGUGGUAGACGUGUGACUCUUCUGUAAAGAGUACCACCCAACACUUUUGCUUUCUUCUCCAUCUCUGAAGAUCUGCUCAAGACGUCCAGCAAUGCUCUCUGUGUAUUUAAAUGGAAGUAUUUUUCUCUGUGAAGCCACAUUUUCCAACAUGAGCCUCAUGAAGCCAACUAAGUGUUAUUGAACUCUUAUUCUCUCAAUAACUCAGUGUAGCACUUUAAAGCUGAAGGACAGCAGCAUGAAAAGAGCAUAUCAAUGUGGUGAAGAAAGGGAAGGGGUUGGCUUUUUAAUUUAUUUUUCUUCAUCUUUUAUAACAAGAAAGUAUCUAUAUAUACAUAUGUAAAUAUUUAUAUAUAGAUAUAUGUAGCUUUCUAUAUGUGUAGUAGGUUGGCUUUAAUUUAAUAUACUUGAUUCAGAAACAAAAUGAUAGAGUACAAAAGUGCCAAGCAGAACAUUCAACAUCCUUACUUUUAUUUCACACAGUUUUAUAUAUAGAUUGAAGAUUGUACAAUUUUAGCCAGGUGUUAGGCCAGCUAUUUUCCUUUUCCUGCUCUUUCUCUUUUGAGAGAUUGACAAAGCAUUUGUUAACAUCUUAUUAUUUACCUUGAUUACAUUUUUGUAACAAAGGAGUUUGUAACUUUAUUUAUACCUGUGAUAUAUUUCCAGGGACUGUGUCUCAUUGCUGUGCAGCUUUGACUACAUCUCUGCUUGAGCAGAAAGUAUAGUUCAGUGCUGCUGCUCUUGUGUUCACAUAGUAACAGCACAGAGCUUAUGGCCACCUCAUUCUGUUACUGCAUAACUAGGAGCCAUUACAUUCAUUAGAUGUCCCUGAGUAAGUGUCAGUUUGUUGUGAUUUUAUUCGUAAAGGACAGAAGCUAUCUGAGGCAAAAUCCUGAUUUAUCUCGGACCUGACUUAUUGAAGAGUUGCUGAAAUAAUCAUGUAACUGCUUAGGGUAUCCGUUUGUUUCAUUACAUGGGUGGUAAAUUGUCAUUAAACUUACGUUUAAACCAUAAAUUUCCUUUCUCUGUUUCAAAAGACUUGCAGCUAAUCUAAAACUGGUGAUAUUUAAUGUGCAUGUGUGUAUCUAUACACCCACAUAGACUUAUUUAUGACUUACAUGGGAGAAACCUUACUAAUCUAUAUGCCACAGAAGAGCAAAAUUAUAUCCAAAUUUAUACCUCUUAAAUUUCUUUACCACAAGGCAUAGAGAGUGCAUAAUGGUGUUCUUGAUUUGCCCACAUAUGUAACAGGUAACUUAAUAAAUUUGUGUGAUAUAAAAGUAGUUUACCAUGUUCCACCACUUGAUAGUAUCCCUUCCCUUUUCUGCAAAGGUACUAUUGGCUGGAAGAAGACAUUCUGGUUAGCUUUGUAGGACUGUAGUCUUUCCCUGUAUAGUUUUUCUAGAAAACUGGUUUUAUAAUCAUGAGAGGGAAAAGGCAGGUUGAAUCAAGAGGAAAGAAUCUUAAUUUGGGCACACCCGCCUGCCAUCGCUGUUCCUUCAACUGAGUGCUGCACGCCAUGGGCUCUGUCUGUGAGAGAAAUCCCGGUGCUUGGUGUCCUUGCAUGACAUGGAGUUUUGCAUGUAGAUCGAUUUAAAAUAUGUACCUCUUGUUUACAUAAUUUGCAUAAUUUUAAAACAUAAUGUUGCCAAACUUUGGAAAUGUUAAUGUUCAAACUGAAAAUCUCCACUACAUGUAACUUUCUUCCUCUGGAUCAGUACGUGGCUUCUAAUCCCAGCCAGUGGUUUGAUCUGUUCCAGUGUCAACUGCCAUGUGCUCUGCUUCAAGGGGGGGAACUAGUCUUUUGUGAAUUUUUUGUACAUAAGUAUUUGUUACAGAUAUUUUAGCAAAUGCUUUCUAUUUCUCUUGCUUGUGCAUAUCUUGGCUGGCAUUACAGAAAAACAGUGCAAACAUUAUUUCCUUACUGGGGACUGAGGGUUUUUUCUUUUUCUUUUUUUUUUUUAGCGUGCGUGGGUGGGUGGGGAGGGAUGGUUUAUGUUG